UAGAAUCGUAAAAAUCGAUUAUCUCCCUGUAGACAAACCAAGGGCCGCUAAUAUUUUAACCCUGUUAGUUUGGCACUGAGAGCUUUCAUUUGAUGCUAAUAAACCUUGGUUUUUCGCUUAUCACUUGAAACACCUCCAUUGUCAGAAAAGAAUAGCUCGAAUUCGAAACACGAUGCUGAAUAUGAGAAUAUCAGUCCAAAAUGUUUUCAAUCGAUUUUCCACUGUAUUAUUGACAGAGCUAACCAACGAUACAAAUCCUUCUGCUGGAUUACAGUUGCAAGCUUUUUAAAAUAAUAAUUCUCUAAUUAGUUCUGAUCUCCAACUUUAUUAAUUAUCAGCUAAUAUUCAGUAGUGAUUCAUAGUGCUACUCUCGUCUUCACGACAAUGUUCAUUGAGAUUUCCUUAUCAUAAGCACUCCGCGAAUCAAUCGAUGAAGUCAUACACGUAUAAAUAUUAGCAUUCUUGUCGUUGGCCAUAAAGGCAUAGAAUAGCAUAGUCUCCAAAGGCAAACUAUAACGAAGUAUGAACGUGGAUGAGGAUAUGAGUUUGAGAACGACUUCAGGUUGCUGUAAGUAUUGGUGACGACUUUUUGCAACCAUGAUUAUAAAACCCAAUGACUGUGAAUACUUGACUCUGCAGAUGUAGCCACUGUAUGUGUUGCUCUAUAAGUAUCAAUGUCUGUGUGUGCGAAUGGUUUUGACUGUGGAUAUUAGUACAUCUGAGAACGAAUACGUAAUAAGACGCAGAUCAUUGUUCUGACUUAAUCCUAGACGUUUGUUUAAUGAGACGGUGUGCGCAUAUAAGUGAAUGCAUGGCCACAACUCUACUCAUAGCCCUCACCAUCAUCCACGUCUAUUUUUGGCGUUAAAAUUCUUUUCAAAUGACUUUGUUUAAAUUUUGAUAUUUACUUCACAAAUAGCAACAACGACAACUUCGACGUCCGCAACAACAACAACGGCAACAACAAGUGAGUACUCUCUAGAAUUCACAUAGUGACUGCAUACAGCUUUGAAAGAUUAUGCUCCUUACUGGAGUUGAUAAAAAAAUGUACCUUUUAUCAAAGAAAUAUGUUUUACACAAUUUGCUUUUUGAUUUGUUAACGAGUUCGGUAGGUCUUUAUAUCUCAACCACAUUAAACGAUAUCUUUGUACACUGAGAGUUUAACAGUAUCUGAGAAAUUCUGGAGAUGAACUUGAAUUAAAUAAAAAAGAAUAGCCAAUGUCACGUAUCAAGGUCUAAGUCCAUACAUUAUCAGUGCUUCUUUUAUUUUUAUUUGAUAUCGUUGUCUGCUGAGAAUUGAAAAAUGACAAGCAAUGUCAUAGUCUUAGUUGAUUUUUUUAAAAAUACAAGGUCAUUCAUGAAAAUAAGUUUCAUACGAAAAUGCGAACAGCGAAUCAUUCAAUUCCUACACGAAGUGGAUAUCUGAUUUGCAUCAAAAACAAUUGAAAUGAGUACAGUUGCAUUUUGUUUUAUCGCGAAGAAUAGUUGAUAAAAAAAUCCCUGACUUCAGUUACUUGCUAACUUGCUGCUGCACUAAAAGUGUACAUCUUCCCUCAAAAGUGAUUCAAAAUUUCGAGAGACUUCAAUUAAUUCCGAAUCAAUUCUGAGGAUUUACUUUGUCUAAUAUCAAUCACAAUUAUCCUAAGUCUUCUUAAAUACUCCUUUUCCGAGAGUCGUACAUUCUAUUGGAAAAAACUCUUGCCUUUCAUUAUUGUGUUUCAUUUAGCAACGACUACGACAACAGCUCAGUAUAUCGAUAGUGCCUUCUGGUCAUUCGAUAGCAAUGCACUUGAGCUCUAUAAUAGUGGUCUCGAUGGAGCUCUCGCCGGAAUUCCAGGCUAUACAACCAGCGUUUUUGGUUACGGUGCUGCCAUCUAUCUUGCUAGGUCCUCUACUCAAUAUGUUUAUAUCACACCGAAAGUACUACCGUUCGAUUCGCGCAGUUUCACAAUUGAAGCAUGGAUCUAUCCUAUUAGUUUAUCUAGUGGUACUGAGUAUGGCAUAUUUGGUCAAUGUCAAUCGAGCAGCUACGAUUUAUGUUUACAUUUUGUUAUUCGAAGUAGCGUGUUGUAUUGUGGAUUCUUUUCAAAUGACGUAUCUGGUGUAACUACUUUGACAAGUAAUACAUGGUAUCACGUAGCUUGCAUCUAUGAUUCGAUCACACAGACGCAACAAGUCUGGCUUGAUGGUAACCUUGAUAACUCACGUUCAGCCAGUGCCUACAAUGGACUAUGGGGAAUAACAACUAUAGGUGCUACUUUUGUAUCAGGCAGUGCAUCUAGUUUCAAUGGAUAUAUUGACAAUACAAGAUAUGCGGGAAGAGCUAAGAAUUCGACUGAAAUUAGUAAUGACGCUACUCUACAGGUUUACUAUUCGUUUGAUGGUGGUGCACUUACUGACAAUGGUCCCAACGGUAUUAAUGGUACAGCCUAUGGAAGUCUAUCAAGUACAACUGGUCGUGUGAAUGGCGCAUUGCAAUUUAGUAUGGGAUCCUAUAUAAGCUAUUCAUAUAAUCCAUUUUACUUUUUGGGUGUCGACGGUAAACCACAUACUAUAGCCGUGUGGGUGAAGCCAACAGGAAGCUAUUCGACACAAACAAUUUUUUUCGUAGGAUCAAUAUCUUAUUGGUGUGUUCACUUUUUGGUCAUGCAGUCGAAUGGAAAGUUGUAUGCAAAUAGUUGGCGUGGCGCUGGUGUAUCUUUGGCUGGUCCCAUUCUGCCAUUAAACACAUGGACACAUAUUGGUUAUACUUACAGUAGUACCAACGGUGUUCGACUGUACAUUGACGGUAUCCUUCACUCAUCGACAGGUGCCUUUACAUUUAGCUCUGCUCGUCAAUCGGUGCCUAUCGUAUUGGGAGGAGAUAGAAUCGUUCAUUAA